AUGAUCCAUCAACACGACGGUGGAAAGUAUAUCCAAACCUACGGCAUGCACAUCGUUCAGUCGCCCGACGGCUCCUGGACCAACUGGUCUAUCGCGCGUGCAAUGGUUCACGACAAGAACCAUCUCACUGGCCUCGUCAUUGAACCGCAGCAUAUAUGGCAGAUCCACCAAAUGUGGAAGAAGGAGGGUCGCGAUGUCCCCUGGGCUCUAGCUUUUGGUGUUCCCCCUGCCGCCAUCAUGGCGUCCAGCAUGCCAAUUCCAGACGGCGUGUCCGAGGCCGAGUAUGUCGGUGCCAUGACAGGCGACGCACUUGAAUUGGUCAAAUGCGACACGAAUAAUCUGCACGUUCCUGCAACGGCUGAAAUUGUGUUCGAGGGUACCCUUUCGAUCACUGAGAAGGCACCUGAAGGUCCUUUCGGCGAGAUGCACGGUUAUGUCUUCCCAGCUGAUACCCAUCUCUGGCCCAAGUACAAGGUCGAUCGCAUCACAUACCGCAACAACCCAAUUCUCCCCAUGUCCGCGUGUGGUCGUCUCACUGAUGAGACGCACACAUUGAUCGGCUCGCUCGCCGCAGCUGAAAUUCGCAAAAUCUGCCAGAAGGAGGGACUGCCCAUUACAGACGCAUUUGCACCUUUCGAAUCGCAGGUCACCUGGGUUGCCCUCCGGGUUGAUGGCUCCAAGCUUCGCGAGCUCAAGACUACCCCGAAAGAGUUCUCUAAGAGAGUUGGCGAUCUUGUUUUCAACUGCAAGGCGGGUUACACAAUUCACCGCCUGGUACUGGUCGGUGAAGAUAUCGAUGUCUACAACGGCAAGGACGUUAUGUGGGCUUUUUCGACGCGCUGCCGACCUAAUCUUGAUGAGACUUUCUUCGAGGAUGUGCGUGGAUUCCCUCUAGUUCCGUAUAUGAGUCAUGGAAAUGGCUCCCCGGUUCAGGGUGGCAAGGUUGUUUCUGACGCACUGAUGCCGACUGAGUAUACGACCGGUCGUGACUGGGUUCCGGCCGAUUUUGAACACUCGUACCCGCAGGAAUUAAAGGAUAAAGUCAAGGCGAAGUGGGCCCAGAUGGGAUUUAGAGACUCGGAGUAG